UCGCCUCAAAUCCAGCAUGGCAGAAUACCGAGAUUUCCAAGGCCCUGAGAAGGUAUCAAGCGACCUUAAACUUCUUAUACAGGAUGCAACAAAGAAAAAUCAGAGUGUUUUGCGUCAGGAGAUUGAGGACAAGUUAGCGAAGGAUUUGGAGAAUCUUAUGGAGCGGCGGGAGAAGAUUACCAGGAAUGACAUCAAGCGCGAGGUUUCUUGUGAAAUGGAACUUCUAGUGAGGAAGACGGAGCGGCGUCUAAGAUCUGAUCUUCGUUUGGAAGUGGAAGAUAUGGUCAUUGACCAAGCCCCGAAUCUAAGUGAUAGCUCUGCCAGCUUGAAAUUGUUCCGGAAUAAAGUGGAUAACAUUGUCGAAGAACAGAAAGACAAGUUAGAGAAACGUAUACGGGAUUUAGAAAAGACUAUUGGAGAGUUGGAGCAGGAACACAAAGAUGGGAAUGCAACCUUGAAUGACAAGAUGGAGAAAUUGAUAAGGCAGAAGGCAGAUAAAGUCAUCAUGGAAGAAGUUAACAAAGCUGUGGCAGAAACACGGGAAGCUCUUAAAGACGAUAUCAAGGUCUUGGCAUCUGAGGAAUCGAGAGUGAGAAGUGAGAAGUUGCGCUCUGAUAUUGAUAGCCAUUUGGAUGAAUUAUCCUCGGAAUAUGAUCAGAAGAUACAGGAGCAGAUUGUCGAGUACAUGCAGAAGAUCCAAGAUGAGCUGGAUGACACCCCUGAGGCCCCUGAGGCCCCUGAGGACCCUCGCCCUGUGAGUGGGAAGAGUGAAUUGAGGGAAGAAUUAAAAGAAACUAGUCAUGAAUUGCAAGAAAAGUUGAAGAAGCAAUUGGAGAAUUAUGUCGAUGAUAUUUUCUCGAAGCUGAAAGAAGAGUGUGUUGAGGAAUGUGGGCGGGAUUUGAAGGAAAAGAUGGAAGAAGACUUGGAUGCCCGAGAUCGCGAGUUGUUGCGCAAGGUGAUACAAAUGGAAUUCAAGGGUCAGGAUGAUCAAGAAAAAGUACCAGAAAUAGAUGAAGACGCACUACAGGAAAUAGAGCAGAAACUGCAACAUCGAAUGGAUGAAUUUGAAAAGAAUAUGAAGAAUGAGGCAGAAAACAGAUACAAGGAAGGACCGCUGAUGACUGAACAAAUUGAAGAGCAAGUUGAAGAGAAAGUGAUAGAGUUGCUUGAUGAGAAAGGUUAUCGAGGAUAUGAUAGGACCAAGAGGUUGCUGGCACUUGAGAAAUUGGAAGAUGAUAUUGCAUUGUUGAGGCAUGCCCAGACGGAGAGCGAAAAUGAAAAGAGUGGUGAAGAAGAGGAAAAGGCCAAGAAAGCUAGAAAGAAGAAGAUUGGGAAGGUUUGGAAAGGGAACGAGAAGGAGAUCGGUGUCAUUGAGGAUUCUCCUGUAUCUGUGUCACCCAACCAUGGUGAUUGGUUGGACCUGGUUGAAGUUGAUGCACAGAUAGAAGACUUCAGACGAUUAGUGCUUAAGUUCAUGUGCAAGAGGAUGAAUGUAGCUCGGAAAGAGUUGAUGGCAUACUUGGACACCCUGGUUGACACUGGAGCAACGGUCUUGGGACAGACUUCUGAACAGUUUCAGAGCGACCUUGAUAACGUCAAGAAGGUCAUCACCAAGAAGGAUAAAAAGAUAAGGAAGGUGGACUUGUAA